AUGUCGUUAUUACCAAAUUCUGGCACAAGCAGUUUUCCGUUUUUACAUGAAAAGCAACUUGCUGUAGAAUCCCACGUAAAAUACAUUCAAAACCUCAAUAGUCGGGAAGAUGAGCUUGAAUACUGGCUUACGGAACAUCUACGACUUAAUGGUCUAUACUGGGGAUUGACUGCGAUACAUCUCCUCAAACGUCCUAGUGCUCUUCCUCGUCAGGAAACAAUUAACUUUGUGCUCAGUUGUCUAGAUGAGAGCGGAGGCUUUGGAGCAGCGCCAGGACAUGAUCCUCAUCUACUAUACACAUGCAGUGCAAUUCAGAUAUUAGUCACAAUUGAUGCUUUAGAAGAGUUAGAAAUACGGAAUAAAGGAGGAAAAUUACGUACUGCUAAGUGGAUCGCGGCCCUCCAAAAUACAGAAACAGGAACUUGGGCCGGGGAUGAAUGGGGCGAAGAAGAUACUCGAUUUUUAUACGCAGCGCUUAAUUCUCUAUCUCUGCUAAAAAUGCUUCACUUGGCCAAUGUUGAGAAAGCGGGAGAUUUUGUCGUCUCCUGCGAAAAUAUUGAUGGCGGCUAUGGCUCUGCACCAGGUGCGGAGAGUCACUCCGGUCAGGUAUUUGCCUGCUUAGGCGCUUUGAGUAUUUUAGGAAGACUUGAUACAGUUGACAAAGAUAAGCUGGGUGGAUGGUUAAGUGAAAGACAGGUCGAGGAUGGUGGACUGAAUGGCCGACCGGAGAAACUAGAAGAUGUUUGCUAUAGCUGGUGGGUGGGAUGUAGCUUGACCAUAAUCGAGAGACUGCACUGGAUUGAUGGUGAAAAGCUUGCAGCAUUCAUUCUAAGAUGUCAAGAUACUGAGCUGGGAGGAUUCGCAGACCGUCCAGGAGAUGCUGUUGACGUUUUUCACACUGUGUUUGGAUUGGCCGGAUUGAGUCUAUUGGGAUUUCCAGGACUAGAAGAAGUAGAUGCCGUUUAUUGUAUGCCGAAGAAGAUUGUUAAGCGAGUGCUUGAGACUGUAGACAAGUUAUGA